AUUAAUUUGCGUAAGAAUCUCGUCUUGGGUCAGGUUGUCGCAUUUCUCCCUGGACGGCGAACUCUCUAGAAUCUCCUUCUCCCGUCGGCGAAAUCGUUCCGAUCUCUUUCUCCGGCGAAUUCCACUCGUUUCAGUUUUUUUUUCUUCUCACGGGCCAUAAGAUCAAGAACUGGGGAAGAAUGGGCCGCAAAGCUGGGACUUUAUAUAUUAAUCCAAGGAACUUCGGAAGCCUCCAAAAACCUUGCGCGAAAGAAAUGGUCACAUUUCUUAAUUGUUUGACUUUAAAUCACAAUAAGGACGAGAAAUGUAGCAGGCAAAAAUCACUUUUGAGUACCUGCAUGGAAGCUCAGAGUGGCAAAAACAGAAAGCCAUGGGGUAGCAUCAAUUAUCACCUUCAGAGGCUUAGCAGGGGUAGGAAGUAACUUGAAUCAAGUUACAUCUGCAUUAUUCAAACUGGCACGGUUGUGGCUUUUUGGCAUGUUUUGAAAUUAGUUAAUCAGAUGGGUUCUUCCAAUUUCUCAACGAAGGUCUGUAAUUUCUGACGAAUAGCAUGAAUUUAGACUCGAAAAAACCUCGAGGAACAUCUUUUAUUGUCUGUUUCAGUAUGUGGAUUUUUUUAACCUUUCGUUAGUAGCUUAGAAAGUUGUUAACCGUCCCUAGGUUUCAGCUUAUCUCUACCACAAUAUCUGUCGGUCUUAUAAUUUGUGUUGGCAGGAAGGGAUUUGUUUAAAUUGAGAAAUAUUUUACCAUUUACAUAUUGUUUGGUGUUA